GAUUGCCAGUUUCCCUAAGAUGGCGGACGGAGGCGACGGAACGAGAGAGAUGAGUGGUGCUGGCGGCGCUGCCCCCAUGAAGCCCCCGGAGUUUGCUAGGUGGUGGGAUGAAAAGAUGGAUUUUCACAUUGCCUUUCUUCAACAUUUGGCAAAAGUUGUUCCAGACAUUUAUUUUGAAGAAAUGGAUCCUUUGGUGGAGAAGGAGGAGGAACUAGCUCAGAUGAAUAUACUCUAUCCUCUAGAGUGGUAUCUGUUUGGGGAAGAUCCAGAUGUAUCUCUGGAGAAACUAAGGCAACAUAGCACCCCACAACUCUGUGGGAAGGUAUUCAAAAUGGGAGAGACGACAUAUUCCUGCAGAGAUUGUGCAAUUGAUCCAACUUGUGUACUUUGUGUGGAUUGUUUCGAGAACAGCAUUCACAAGAAUCACCGUUAUAAGAUGAACACUUCCACAGGAGGAGGAUUUUGUGACUGUGGGGAUACGGAAGCAUGGAAGGCUGGGCCACUAUGUGCAAAUCAUGAGCCUGGAGCAGCUGGGGCUAUGAAGGAGAACUCUGAAUGUCAGUUGAAUGAAGAGCUAAUGGCACAAGCAAGGAAAAUUUUCCCAUCAGUGAUAAAAUAUAUUGUAGAUAUGACUGUUUGGGAGGAAGAGAAGGAGUUGCCUCUAGAACUAAUGACUAGUGCUCAGAAGAUGGACAAAUAUUACUGUGUCCUUUUCAAUGAUGAGCAUCAUUCUUAUGAUCAUGUUAUCUACAGUCUGCAAAGAGCUCUUGGCUGUGAGCUUGGAGAGGCCCAGUUGUAUACAAAUGCUAUAGAUAAAGAGGGUCGGAAGGCUGUUAUGAAAGGGUCAUAUGUUGCUUGUCAGGAAGCCAAAGAAGAAAUAAAGAAACAUUCAAAAAACGUUUCCCAGCAUCCUCUUACUGUGAAGGUUCUUCAUGCUAAUAUAAUGUCUCAUCAGAAAUUUGCUUUGCGUCUUGGUUCCUGGUUAAAUAAACUUAUGAGCUAUUCAAGUGACUUUCGUCAGAUCUUCUGUCAUACAUGUCUAAAAGAAGAAAUUGAUUCAGAGAAACCUUGUUGUAUAAGCACACUGAUGCUUUGGGAUGCAAACCUGUAUAAAGGAGCAAGAAAAGUCUUACAUGAAUUAAUCUUCAGCAGUUUUUUCAUGGAAAUGGAAUACAAAAAACUUUUUGCUAUGGAAUUCGUUAAGUAUUACAAAACACUGCAGAGAGACUACAUCAGGGAUGACCAUGAGAAGCAGAUCUCCGUGACAGCAUUUUCAGUUCAAAUUUUCACUGUCCCUACAUUGGCACGUCAUCUCAUUGAAGAGCAAAAUGUAAUUACUGUCAUAACAGAGACACUGCUUGAAGAGCUGCCAGAAUAUCUGGACAAAAAUGGCAAGUUCAAUUUCCAAGGUUACAGCCAAGAGAAACUAACCAGAGUGUAUGCAGUUAUAUGUGACCUCAAAUACAUUUUGAUCAGUAAGCCUACAUUAUGGACAGAAAAGCUGCGGGAACAAUUUUUGGAAGGGUUCCGGUCUUUCCUGAAGGUUCUUGCUUGCAUGCAGGGAAUGGAAGAAAUAAAAAGGCAAAUUGGUCAACACAUUGAGGUGGAUCCAGACUGGGAAGCAGCUAUUACUAUUCAGAUGCAGUUGAAGAAUGUUCUCUUGAUGUUUCAGGAGUGGUGUGCUUGUGAUGAAAAGUUGUUGCUGACAGCUUACAAGGAAUGCCAUGCAGCAGUAGUGAAAUGUAGUGCAAAUAGCUGUUCAAGGGAGAGGACAGUGAUUCAUUUAGGUGGACAUACUCUGGAAAGUAAACAUUUCAAAGUCUCUGCAGAUCCUGUCAGCAUUCAUCUACCAUUGUCCAGAAUGCUUGCUGGUCUGCACAUACAGUUGAUCAAAACUGGAGCAAUCUCUAGAUUACAGGAAUUUAUAUCUUCUGAAAAAUUUCAAGUACAGCUUCUAAUAGAAUAUCCUUUGCGUUGCCUAGCAUUGGUUGCUCAGGUUGCUGCAGAAAUGUGGAGAAGGAAUGGAUUAUCUUUGAUUAGCCAGAUGUUUUAUUAUCAAGAUGUUAAAUGCAGAGAAGAAAUGUUUGAUAAGGAUAUAAUCCUGCUUCAGGUUGGUGCAGCAUAUAUGGAUCCAAACAGUUUUCUGUUGUUGGUACUCCAACGGUAUGAACUGCUCGAUGCUUUUAAGAACAUCAUGCCAACUAAGGAUCAGGACUUGAAUAAGCAGUGUAACACACUCAUAGAAGAAAUGCUUCAAGUUCUUAUCUACGUUGUAGGAGAAAGAUAUGUACCAGGUGUCAGUCAUGUGACAAAAAAUGAUGUUACUAUGAGAGAAAUUAUCCAUUUGCUCUGUAUUGAACCAAUGGCUCACAGUGCUCUUGCAAAAUCUUUACCCAAAGAUGAAAACAAUGAGACUGGUAUGGAGAGUGUCAUACACGAAGUGGCCUUGUUCAAAAAGCCAGGUGUAUCGUGCCAUGGAGUUUAUGAACUGAAGGAUGAGCGCCUCAAGGAAUUUAAUAUGUUCUUUUACCAUUACACCAAGACUCAGCACAGCAAGGCUGAACAUAUGCAAAAGAAAAGAAGAGUGCAGGAAAACAGAGAUGAAGCACUGCCACCUCCAGCACCUCCUGAAUUCAGUGCUGCUUUCAGAAAUGUGGUGAAAGUUCUAAACUGUGAUAUCAUGAUGCAUAUUCUGAGAACUGUUUUGCAAAGAGCACUAGAGCUGGAAAGCCAUUUGUGGACUGAAGGAAUGAUCCAGAUGGUUCUUCACCUCCUUGCUUUGGGUUUAUUAGAAGAAAAACAACAGUUAGAGAAGGUUCCAGAAGAAGAAGUGACCUUUGACUUCUACCACAAAGCAUCAAGAAUGGGAAGCUCUGCUUUGAAUGCAAUGAAUAUACUAAUGAUUUUGGAAAAACUGAAAGGAAUUCAACAGCUAGAAUCCCAAAAGGAUAUGAUCAACUGGGUAUUGCAAAUGUUUGAAACAAUAAAACAUCUAAGAGAGAAGUCUAAUUUGCCAACAAUUGCUACUGCAUCUGCAUCAGAAACUACAAAAGUCCAUGAGGUACAAAGUACUCAGGACAAGGAAAAGGCAGAGAGGAAGAGGAAGGCAGAAGCAGCUAGGCUACAUCGCCAGAAGAUCAUGGCCCAGAUGUCUGCCUUGCAGAAGAAUUUCAUUGAAACUCACAAGCUCUUAUAUGAGAAUACACAAGAAAUACAAGGAAGAGAUGUUAUGGAAGAAGAAAGCACACUGCCAACCGUGGAUUACUCCAGAAUUGCCUUGGGGCCCCAGCGAGGUCCAUCUUUUACAGAAAAAGAGAUGUUGACAUGUAUCUUGUGUCAGGAAGAACAGGAAGUGAGGCUGGAUAACGCUGCCAUGGUUCUAUCUGCCUGUGUGCAGAGAUCCACUACCUUAACCCAGAACAGGGGGAAAGUGCUUGAAUUUCCAGUAGAUCCUCUCUUCAUGGGUACUGACUUGUCAUGUGGAAUUCAUACAGGAAGUUGUGGUCAUGUGAUGCAUGCUGCUUGCUGGCAGAAAUACUUUGAAGCCAUUCAGCUAAACUCCCGGCAACGUCUUCAUGUUGAGCAGGUUUUUGACUUAGAAAAUGGAGAAUAUCUCUGCCCACUCUGCAAAUCCCUGUGCAACACUGUUAUUCCCAUUAUUCCUUUGCAGAUACAGAAGAUAAACAGUGAAGAUGCCGAAUUGGUGGCUCAGCUUCUGCCUUUGUCAAAGUGGAUUGAAAUUGUUAUGGCCAGGAUAUAUGGUUACAGCAAGAAGGGUCUUCAAGAAGAAAAGCAAACAUUUCUAUGCAGUAAAGAAGUGGAGAAUUCUUCCUCAGACUUCCAUUCCAUUCUCAGCUUUGGAGUUCAGCCUUUAGACAGAUAUUCUAAUAGUAUCAAAGAGAUGGUCCUUCUCUUUGCCACUGCAAUUUACAGAAUUGGAUUAAAGGCUGCUCCAAAUGAAGUUGAUCCACGCAUUCCUGUGGUGACUUGGAGCACAUGUGCUUUUACCAUCCAGUGUUUAGAAAAUCUUCUUGAAUAUGAGAGCAAGCCUUUAUUUGGAUGUCUACAAAAUAGACAGCACAGUGGUCUUAAAGCACUAGUGCAGUUUGCAGCUGCUCAGAGAACUACGUUACCACAAAUCCUGAUCCAGCAGCAUCUUGUACGUCUGCUAGGAGUUGUUCUGCCUGGUUUAAAAGUAGAAGAUACUCCAUCCAUUCUUGAUAUAGAUUUGUUUCAUGUUUUGGUUGGUGCUAUAUUAUCAUUUCCAUCUUUGUAUUGGGAGGAUACUGUAGACCUACAGCCUUCAUCUAUUAGCUCUGCCUGUAAUCAUCUCUACCUCUUCCAUUUGGUUACCAUGGCACACAUUACACAGAUUAUUCUCACAUCCACAAUAGCCAUUUCUUGCACAGAAUAUCCCUCUACUCAGGCACAGGAAGACUGUGAAGAGGCACAUGCUGCAGAUUCUUUUAGUAAAGAAAUUUGCAGAUACACAAAUGGUUGGUAUAGACCGACUGUUCCAGGCUGGUAUUUGUGGGAUUGUAUAAAGAAGGGAAUCUCAUCCUACUUGCGUAGUGCUGCUCUGUUCUUCCAUUAUUUGCUGGGAGUGCCACCACCUGAGGAGCUUUUGUUGGUUUCUGAGGAAAGUCAUUUCAAGGCACUUUGUGGUUAUUUGUCUCUACCCUCCAAUCUGUUUCUGCUUUUCCAAGAACACUGGAAUGUAGUAGAGCCCCUGCUCCAGAGGUGGUGUGCAGACCCUGCUGUACUAAGCUUUCUAAAGGGGGAACGUACUACAGUAAGAUAUCCAAGGAAAAGAAAUAAAUUAGUUGAGCUCCCAGAAGACUACAGCUGCCUUUUGAAUCAAGGCUCCCAGUUCAGGUGCCCUCAGUCUUCAGAUGAUGAGCCCAAGUACCCAGUGAUGUGUUUGUUCUGUGGAGCUAUGUUGUGUUCUCUAACCUCCUGCUGUCAGGAGAUGGUGAAUGGCGAAGAGUUUGGACCCUGCACGUUCCAUUCUGCUGAUUGUGGAGCUGGCGUAGGCAUCUUUCUGAAAAUUAAGGACUGCAGGCUCAUGCUAAUGGCAGGAAAAAACAGAGGCUGUUUCUAUUCUGCACCGUACCUAGAUGAAUAUGGAGAAACAGACCCAAAUCUGUCAAGAGGCAAUCCUUUGCAAUUGUGUCAAGAACGGUACCGGAAACUCCACUUGCUGUGGCAGCAACACUGCAUCAUAGAGGAAAUUGCUCGAAACCAGGAAACAAAUCAGAUCUUCUUUGGAUUCAACUGGCAGCUGAUCUGAGUAGCGGUUCCUUCUAGAUGGGAUUACUAAGGCCGAGUCUCUUGACCAAUCAUACAAGAAAUAAUAAGAUGUUUGCUUUAUGGAGAAAAGCCCAGCCCAGGCUGAUGUAUUAAAAUUAAUCAAUUCUAAGCAAGUUUAACCUGGUGUGAAAAACACACAGGCCCAUAUGAUUUCUGAACAGCUAAAACUACAAAUGACUGGGUUCAGUAGACAUGGAAUGGCCAGUAGACAGUUUGCUGAAGCUACUUUUCCUCCUGAUUCUGUACUUUGCAUCAUUUCAGUAUCCCAAGCCACCUUUUGCCAUUCUUAGAUGUGAUCUUAAUCCCAAUAAAGGAUCAGUAAGCUUUCCCUCUGAGUAUAAGGAGUUCAAAAAAUGACAUGUGAGCCUUUAAAUGGCCUCAGUGCAUCUGAAUGUAAGAGCAGUGUACUUGGACUCACUUAAUGUCUCCUUUCUCAGUAUCUGGUUUCUUCCUUCAAUUUAGUAGUAUUUGAAAGCCUGUGAUUACUCUUUGUGGGAGAAAUAUUUUCAGACAUCUUGUAAACUAUAACUGUAGUCUAAGUAUUAAGUAGUACAAUGGGAAGUGCACUGCAUUGGAUGCCCUGUGAAAUUUAAUUUGGAAAAGUUAAAUGUGAGUGUCAGUUCACUCUUUAAAUCAAUGGAAAAGUAAAGAACUUUUUCAGUUGGUCUUGAAUCAGAAAUUCAAUGCUUUGUUUUGUGUAUAAAUGUAGUCCCACUAAUAUUUUAUGCCUCUGUAAUCACAGUAGUCCAAGAAUUUUGCUACCUGCUAACUUUGUCUGGCUGUGGUAGUCAGUGUUAUCGACAGUAAUGUAGAUCUUGGUUACCCGGUGGACCACCACGUCCCACAGAAUGCAAUGAAACAUGCCACUUAAAUAUGCACCUCCUUACCUGUCAGCAUACAAUCUAGGGGACAAUGGAUAUUGGAAUAAAUAAAUAAAAGCUGGACAUUAUUGUAGUAUGUUUACAAAGGUGUUUUCCCUGACUUUUAUGUUCUGGUUCUAUGGGGACUGCACAUUGCCUGGUGGCCAUAUGCUGGGUCCACAAACUGUUUACAUUUGCUGAAGAUAUAACUGUUUUCUCUUUUUAGAACAGAGGUGUUGAAAUGCUUCAGAGCCACUUUCCGCCCUAUAUAUUACAGCUAUCAUUCUGUUGGAGCAAGGUUGUGAUAAGAGCUAAAAUUGGUCAUAAAUAUGCUGCUUAUAACAUUCACCUUUCAGGAAAUUAUUCUCUCUUAAAGGUUAAACUACUCUUCCCUGCCCCCCCCCUUUG